CCUUCUGACACUGACGCUACUGUCGUAGCGUGUCAGCGACAACCGCACGGUGUGUCCGGUGACAGACAGGGGCUGCGGCGCUAUGUCCCCCACAGCAGGAGUCAUCCGCCGCCUGGAGGAAACUGUGGUGAAUAGAAUUGCUGCAGGGGAAGUCAUCCAGCGACCCGCCAAUGCUAUCAAGGAGCUUCUAGAGAACUGUUUAGAUGCCAAGUCAACAAAUAUUCAAGUGACUGUUAAAGAAGGUGGGAUGAAAUUAAUUCAGAUCCAGGAUAAUGGUUGUGGCAUAAGGAAAGAAGACCUGGAGAUCGUAUGCGAGCGGUUCACCACAAGUAAAUUGCAAUCAUUUGAAGACUUAUCAAAUAUUUCUACAUAUGGCUUUAGAGGAGAGGCUUUAGCAAGUAUCAGUCACGUGGCUCAUGUUACCAUAACGACAAAGACAGCAGACGGAAAAUGCGCCUACAGAGCAAGUUAUUCAGAUGGAAAACUCAAAGCUCCUCCCAAACCUUGUGCUGGCAAUCAAGGGACACAGAUAUCGGUUGAAGACCUAUUUUAUAAUAUCUCUACAAGACGGAAAGCUCUGAAGAGUACUAGUGAAGAACAUGCAAGAAUAGUUGAGGUAGUGAGCAGAUAUGCCAUCCAUAAUUCGGGUGUAAGCUUUUCUGUUAAGAAGCAAGGAGAGACCACGGCCGAUGUGAGGACUUUAUCAAAUGCAACGACUGUUGACAAUAUCAGGACUGUGUUUGGAAAUGCUGUGAGCAGGGAGUUAAUUGAAGUGGGCUGUGAAGAUGCUAAGCUGGCCUUUAAAAUGAAAGGUUAUGUAACCAAUGCCAACUAUUCAAUGAAGAAAUGUAUUUUCCUCCUCUUUAUAAAUGCAAGACUUGUAGAAUCAACUGUCUUGAAGAAAGCCAUCGAAACUGUUUACGCUGCUUAUUUGCCAAAGAACACUCACCCAUUCAUGUAUUUGAGCUUAGAGAUAAAUCCACAAAAUGUUGAUGUAAAUGUGCACCCAACAAAGCAUGAAGUCCACUUCCUGCAUGAAGAAAGUAUAAUUGAACGAGUUCAGCAGCACAUCGAGAGCAAAUUGCUGGGGUCAAAUUCUUCCAGGAUGUACUUUACCCAGACAUUGCUGCCUGGAGCAUCUAUAUCUGCUAGUGAAGUGGUGAAGCCUACUUCCAGUACAUCAACUGCUUUUAACAAAUCUGGUGAUAAACUGUAUGCCCAUCAAAUGGUGCGUACAGAUGCCAGAGAGCAGAAGUUGGAUGCCUUUCUUCAACCUCUACCAAAACCGCAGCCAUCCCGUGUCCCAGAAGCUAAAGUUGUGGAAGAGCAAAAAGAUGAUAAAGUCAAUCCAGAAUGCAGCACUACAGAAAUGAUAAGUGAUCUUGAAAUGCUUGAUGAUUCGGAUUUACUAACUUCUGUUGAAGAAAGUGAAAUGCAUACAGACGACAUUGAAGAAAGUGAAGCAAGUACUUCUUCAGGUAGUGGUCUACCCAGGAAGAAGAGGCCACGUGCAGAGUCUGAUGUGGAGAUGGAUGAUACCGGGAUAGACAGAACAAUGACUGCAGCUUCUGCACCAAGGAGGAGGGUUAUCAAUUUAACCAGUGUGUUGAGUCUGCAGAAAGACAUUGAAGACAGAGCUCACAAAAGCCUUCAGGACAUGUUGAGGAAUCACUCCUUUGUGGGUUGUGUAAAUCCACAGUGGGCGCUAGCUCAGUAUCAAACAAAACUCUACCUUCUAAAUACCACAAAGUUAAGUCGAGAACUCUUCUAUCAAAUUCUUAUUUAUGAUUUUGGGAAUUUUGGCAUAAUGAGAUUAUCUGAGUCUGCACCAAUAUAUGAAUUGGCCAUGCUAGCCUUGGAUAGUCCUGAAAGUGGAUGGACAGAAGAAGACGGCCCUAAAGAAGGACUUGCCGAAUACAUUGUUCAGUUCCUUCAGAAGAAAUGUGAAUUGUUGAAAGAUUAUUUCUCUUUGGAAAUAGAUGAGGGAGGCCACCUUACAGGGCUACCACUGCUGUUAGACAACUACAUUCCACCACUAGAAGGAUUGCCAAUGUUCAUUUUACGGCUGGCUACUGAGGUGAACUGGGAUGAUGAGAGAGAAUGUUUUGAAAGUCUCAGCAAGGAAUGUUCUAUGUUUUACUCUAUUAGGAAGAAGUAUAUACUGGAAGAUUCUGCCACCUCUGAGGAUAAGGAAUUGGAAGUUAGCGCUCCUUCCUGGCAAUGGAAAACUGAACAUAUUUUGUACAAGGCUUUUAAAAAGUACCUGCUACCCAGAAAAGAGUUUGCAGAAGAUGGAAGUAUCUUACAACUGGCAAACCUCCCAGACCUGUACAAAGUGUUUGAAAGAUGUUAGCAGUGGUUUAGGGUUUUUCUUUUAUAGAAUUGUGGCUUAUACUCUGAUGUCAUUAAAAGUUAAUAAUGCAAACUGUUAAUAUGUAAAGACAAUGUAUAACUGUCAAUUCCACCAGGUGUUACUUGAUGAAAAGUAAAAAA